CACAUACAAUGUAACCGUCGUGCAAGAGAUUGGAUAAAUAGUCGCCCGAGUUUUAUGCUGUAUUAAAAAAAAUAAACAAUGAAGCGGCAAGGUUUUAUAAACGUUUAAACUUUAUUCCUGACAGCAGACACGCGUCGUGGUCAAAAUGGACGCUGAUAAACUUGUUGUGCACGCGAAACGAGAAAUGAAGGUGACGAGGGCUCGGGGUCGACUGGAUGCCACUCUGCAGUCCCUGGUGGACAGGAAGGAAGACAGUAAUGAAAGCACCGAGGACAGCGAGUAUGAGUCAGAGGCAGGGUUGGUGGUGUCUGUUCCUGUGGUCCGCAGCUCUGGCUCCCCAGCUGCCUCGCCCAGCAAACGUGGCACGCACAUGCGUACCUACCGCAAACGGAAGAGAAAACUGAACAGCAUGGAGUCUGAUGUGGGCGGGAAGUACCAGCUGAUGAACCAGUCCUCCUACGUGAUGAAGCUGUUUGAUCGCAGCGUGGACCUGGCACAGUUUAGUGAGUCCACGCCACUGUACCCAAUAGCACGAGCCUGGAUGAACAACAGCAACAUGUCAACUGAGGAGGGCAGCAGUCAGGAGGAGACUGCUGAGGUGGAGGAGAAGGACCCCACCUGUCUGUACAAGAUGCCCCAGCCCCUGAGGGUGAAGGAAGAGACUGACCCCUACUAUGACCCCAGAAUCCCAGCCCCAGUCAUUGAUGAAGAGCACCUGGACAUUCACAAGGAUCCCGACUUGGGACCACCACCAGAAGAGCUUCUCUUGAAACACAUGGCACGAUGGAAAAAUAUACGUCACUCAUGGAUUGAGGCAGCUAGGGCAAAUGAACUCCGUUUCAAAAACAGCAUGACCAUUCUCAAGGACAUGUAUGAGAGGAAUCUGCAGGACCAAAUAGUGGAAUAGCGGUUAUUUUACAUUAGGGAUCUGAAGGACACAAUAGUGGAAUAGCGGUUAUUUUACAUUAGGGAUCUGAAGGACACAAUAGUGGAAUAGCGGUUAUUUUACAUUAGGGAUCUGAAGGACACAAUAGUGGAAUAGCGGUUAUUUUACAUUAGGGAUCUGAAGGACACAAUAGUGGAAUAGCAGUUAUUUUACAUUAGGGAUCUGAAGGACACAAUAGUGGAAUAGCAGUUAUUUUACAUUAGGGAUCUGAAGGACACAAUAGUGGAAUAGCAGUUAUUUUACAUUAGGGAUCUGCAGGACACAAUAGUGGAAUAGCAGUUAUUUUACAUAAGAAAUCUGCGGGACUAAAUAGUGGAAUAGCAGUUAUUUUACAUGGGGAUUCUGCAGGACUAAAUAGUGGAAUAGCCGUUAUUUUACAUAAGAAAUCUGCAGGACUAAUUAGUGGAAUAGCAAUUAUUUUACAUAAGAAAUCUGCAGGACUAAAUAGUGGAAUAGCAGUUAUUUUAGAUUAGGAAUCUGCAGGACCAAAUAGUGGAAAAGUCGUUAUUUUACAUGAGAUUUCUGCAGGACUAAAUAGUGGAAUAGCAGUUAUUUUACAUGAGGAAUCUGCAGGACUAAAUAGUGGAAUAACCAUUAUUUUACAUCAGGAAUCUGAAGGACUAAAAAGUGAAAUAGCAGAUAUUUUACAUGGGGAAUCUGCAGGACCAAAUAGUGGAAUAGCAGUUAUUUAACAUGGGGAAUCUGCAGGACCCAAUAGUGGAAUAACCGUUAUUUUACAUGAGGAAUAUGCAGGACCAAAUAGUGAAAUAGCAGUUAUUUUACCUAGGGAAUCUGCAGGACUAAAUAGUGGAAUAGCAGUUAUUUUACAUAAAGAAUCUGCAGGACCAAAUAGUGGAAAAGCAGUUUUUUUACAUGAGGAAUAUGCAGACUCAAAAGUUGAAUAGCAGUUAUAUUACUAUAGGGAUCUGCAGGACCAAAUAGUGGAAAAGCAGUUAUUUUACAUGGGGAAUCUGCAGGACCCAAUAGUGGAAUAACCGUUAUUUUACAUAAGGGAUCUGCAGGACCAAAUAGUUGAAAGCCGUUAUUUUACAUGGGGAAUCUGCAGGACCAAAUAGUGGAAUAACCGUUAUUUUACAUAAAGAAUCUGCAUGACUAAAACCUCAGUCACAAAUAGAGACUGCUCACCAUCUGAUCAGGGGACAUAUUUUCCAAACAUUGGGCUGGCGCCCGGUCAAUGAUCGCACAGACAUUGGGUCAUUUUGUAGCAUGGGGCCGCGUGCGGAUUAAUUUUAACUCUCACUUAAAAUUUUACCCGACGUCAGGCCCGAGAAGGAAUCGAGUUGCAAUCAAAAAAAGAUCGGUCGAUCAAUCAAAUUAUUUGUAAUUGAGGCAUAAAUAGUGGAAUAGCAAUUAUUUUACAUAAGGACUCUGCAGGACUAAAUAGUGGAAUAGCAGUUUCACAUGAGGAAUUUGCAGCACCAAAUUUUGGAAUAGCCGUUAUUUUACAUGAGGAAUUUGCAAUGCCAAAUGAUGGUAGAGCAUUUGAUUGAAGUCACAUAAAUUCGCUUUUGACACUUGUUUACAACUGUAUUCCUAUCAUAAAUGUUGGAAGGUCUAUCAAUUACCAGUAAAGUUGCAUGGUCAAGAGAGGCUUAAGUGCUUAACAAACUAAUGAUUUUCAAGAGAGUCGGUUUCUUGGCUGGUAUUAAUAAAGGAUCAUGUUUCAGUCAUAUCCUAUUAUCCUUAAAUUUGAUGUAUUUUAUUUCCAGAAAUUCAUGACCUUGAUUAUUUUGCACACUGUGUCGUUAAACCACGGUAUGCAUUCAAGAUUAAUAGCAAAAUUAAGAGUAUUCAUCAUUUACUCCUACAUUUUAAUUAAACAAUAUUGAAAUACAUACUCUUAAGGAUUGAGUUAAAAUAGUAUGCAUAAAUAAAACCCCAGUUAUUAUGAGGCUUUUUAAAUUUGCAAGCGUAGGAAUUAUGAAUUCUCUGUGAAAAGGGGUUUAAUGCAUGAUCGUUAAGUGUCGUCCCAGAUUAGCCUGUGUAGUCUACUCAGGCUAUACAGGGAUGACACUUUCCGCUUUUUGGACAUUUUUCUUCAUAGAAAGUCUCUUAUUAAAAAUGCAGUUUAUGUGGAAAGUGGCAUCCCUGAUUAGCCUGUGCAGACUGUGCACAUGCAUUUUACCCCAUUUUGAAAGAGCACGACUCAUAUAUUAAGUGUAGGAACAUUUGUCAGAUAUUGCCUUGAAGACUACGUUGUAGAAUAACAAUGGACUGUGUAUUUUGGCGGAGCAGUAUUAUGUUAGACUCCAACUUUGUGAAAUGUAGCAAUUGUGAAUAAGUUCAUUAAAUGUUUUAAAAGUA